GGCGAAGGGGCGCGGCGCUGCUGCAGCCAAUGGGCGCCUGGGGGCGGUACCGGGAGCGGAUUGUUUAUGUCCCGGGAGGGGAAACCUACCUGUCUGGGGGCAGCAUGGCGCGGCGCCCACGGAGCAGCCGGGCCUGGCACUUCGUCCUGAGCGGGGUCCGGCGCGAGGCCGACGGCCGGGCCAGCACACGGGGCUGGGGCUACGACUCUGACGGGCAGCAGCACAGUGACUCGGAUUCAGAGCCGGAGUUCUCCUCCCUGUCUCCCUCCAUCCCGAGUGCCAUCCCUGUGACUGGAGAGUCCUACUGCAACUGUGAGAACCAGAGUGAAGCUCCCUACUGCUCCAGCCUGCACGCCCUGCACCGCGUCCGUGACUGCCGCUGCGGCGAGGAGGAUGAGUAUUUUGACUGGGUGUGGGAUGACCUGAACAAGUCAACGGCCACGCUGCUGACGUGUGACAACCGCAAGGUGAACUUCCACAUGGAGUACAGCUGUGGCACGGCCGCCAUCCGCGGCAACAAGGAGCUGGCAGACGGGCAGCACUUCUGGGAGAUCAAGAUGACCUCUCCAGUGUAUGGCACUGACAUGAUGGUGGGGAUUGGGACGUCGGAUGUGAACCUGGACAAGUACCGUCACACCUUCUGCAGCCUGCUGGGCAAGGAUGAGGACAGCUGGGGACUCUCUUACACAGGACUGCUGCAUCACAAGGGGGACAAAACCAACUUCUCCUCGAGGUUUGGCCAAGGCUCCAUUAUUGGUGUGCAUUUGGACACGUGGCACGGGACACUCACGUUCUUCAAGAACCGCAAGUGCAUAGGUGAGAGCCAGGGAUGGGGUGGGAGGAACUCGAGUCUGGCUGCAGCAGGAAACACUGGGAAAGCAGAAGACCAAGGUGUGAAGGGUGGCAGCCACAAAGCUGCAGAACAAGAAGUUUUACCCCAUGGUGUGCUCAACAGCAGCCAAGAGCAGCAUGAAGGUGAUCCGGUCCUGUGCCAGCUGCACGUCCCUGCAGUACCUGUGCUGCUUCCGCCUGCGCCAGCUCCUGCCCGACUACGUGGACACGCUGGAGGUGCUGCCCCUGCCCCCAGGACUGAAACAGGUGCUGCACAACAAACUGGGCUGGGUCUUGAGCAUGAACUGUAGCACGUCAAAGCCUUCCUCCUCCUCGUCCUCGGGGAGCGACUCGGACAGCUCGUGCGGCUCGGAUGCGGAGGCCUGCCAAAGGAAGAGGUGCAGGAGGACAUAAUGGCUCUGCACAGCAGCUGGGUGGUGUUUGUUGUGUUGUCUGCAAGGGUCAGUCAAGUCUGAUGCACCUCUUCCUUCUGGGGACAUCCAUUUCUACGUGUUGGCAAAGAUUUCUCCAGUGUUGUGGGAAUCUUUGGCCUCGACAUCCAUCACAGGCAUUUAGAAGAGUUGCUGGCUCCAAGAGAUGCCAGCUCUGACACAAGAAAUUUGUGGUGAAAUAUCUGAGCUUCAUCUCCUGGCUUGCUAUGGAAGUCAGCACCUCUUCCUGAAGGAUCUCUCUUCUUCCUGUUGGCACAGACAACGUUUAAGAAAUUGGACUUGAUGACAGGAGUUGGACUGAUAAUUUCCAUGGCUCCCUUCCAGCUCAGGAUGUUCUGUGGUGAUUAAGGUGGCCUCCUGGUUGGAGUGUACAGGAUUCCAGUCAGAUAACGGACCUGACUCAUCAAGACACAAUCCCAGGCCACUCCUCUCCUCUCUGUGUGUGUAGGUUUGGUGUCUGCCAUGACCUCCUCCUGCUCUGGGGCACAACUGGAGCAGCAGCUGGAGGGAAAGAGCCCCCAGAGACACUGCUGGGAGCAGAGGCUGAGCUGUGGGUGGUCUUCCUCAAGCCCUUUGAAUUGCUUUGCAUGUUGGUUCCUGCUGCUUCUCCUCUGUCCAAGACUGUGUUAAACUGUAACAAUAAAAGUAGAAGCUGUCUGUU